UUACCUUACGCUAUCCUACUCUACUCGAUCCCUGUCGUGACGGUAGACCUUCGCGGGAUAUCACGAGGGAACGUGGCGUUACCCGCCGUGAAGGGUUGAUCGAUCCACCGGUUGCGCGCGCGCUCGUCGCAUGCGCGGAACUGACCUGCCGACACGCUGCAGCGAGUUUUGCACGAGCGAGAGAAAACUGUCUCCGAGGCUGAUAACUCGUCAGGCCUCAGAUAGAUAUCCGUAAAUAAACGCGCACAAGAUUCUUACCUUUUUUUUCUCCCUCGGGUCACUCUGACGUGUCCCUCGCGCGCGGCGGGAGAUACUCGCGGGCGUGGUUGCGCGAGCGAGCGUGUGUCGUCCGUCAGGACGUACCGCGUCGAUGAUACCAUCACCGACGGCGGCGGAUGUACGGUGAACAUCGUCAACCCGAAUCGGCCGAUUACGCCAUCAGACUGCCGUCAAGCGGGGAAGUCUGUCUCGCGUGCCAGCACACAUCAAUGGUUCAGCUGGGAUGCCGGCCAUGGAAUCUCAGUCUGACGAGCGUGAUCAUCUUGGCGCUGUCGAACAUGCUGCUAACAUUCUUACUGUUACAAUCGGAAACUUGUGUGCCGGAGACCAUCCCACGAAAAGUGAUGGAGGUGAGCGCGGUCACCGAGUGGAAUCUCGGUACCCUCGUCAAGCAGCAGGAACAACAGUCAGAAUGUAUUACGCAGGAUUAUCAACCGACGUCACCUGACAGUAACAAUCUGCAGCUGGAUAUCAAGCUUGGUAGAUGGGACGCACGACGGAUAUUUCGAACGUUUGAUUCGGUGCUAGUCGGUAGCAAAUUCACCGAGUUGUCGCAGACCUACCGGGUGUGUUUGGCUACCCAGACUUCCGUGGAAAAGUUACAUUCGUUGGUGCAAGUCGCUCUGCACUGGACCGGACCGAUGUCCGUGGCGCUUUACGCUGCCGGUGACGAAGAGUUUGAGGUGUUGCAACGUUACCUGGUGUACCUGAGAAAAUGCUACGAGUCCAUCAGAGAGAGAGUGAUCUUCUCUCUGGCUGUACCGAGGAUGCGACCGCCUAAGAAACAGCCGCGCGUCUUUGAGCUACCCGAUAUUAUUGAUUGUGCCAAACCGGAAGCCACUCUGAACGAGUUCGCGAGCCACAUAUCCAGCGAGCAGACCAAUUGGCGGAUACGAAACGUUUAUCCGCAGAAUCAUAUGCGUAACUUAGCGCGCAAGAACUGCCAGACGGACUAUGUGUUUCUGACAGACGUUGAUAUCAUACCGAGCUUCAAUCUGUCGGUCGCGCUCGAUGAGUUCCUCAGAAACGACAACUGUGAUAAGUGCGCCUACGUAAUACCUACAUAUGAGUUGGAUACGCGUAUGAGAUUCCCCCAGAACAAGACGGAACUCAUCAGGCUUGCGAGGAAAGGUUUAGCUAGACCCUUUCAUCAAAAAGUCUUUAUACAUAAUCAAUUCGCCACAAACUUUACAAGGUGGCUACAGGACGUGUCGCCGACCCAUAAAUAUCAUGAAAACGUAAGGACUGGUAAGGUCUACGUUAGUCAUGACGUGACGAAUUUCGAAUUCCUUUACGAGCCGUUUUACGUGGCGAAAGAUAUCGCACCGUCUCACGAUGAGAGGUUUAUGGGAUACGGAUAUACGAGGAAUACCCAGGUUUACGAGAUGUACGUGACGGGUUAUCAGUUCAAAGUGCUAUCGCCUGUAUUUACGGGGCACUGGGGACUGCAGACCAGAAAGAGCAGACCCGCCUGGCGCGAGCGUCAGAACAGUGCCAACAGGAAGCAGUUUGAGACGUUCAAGAAGGAAGUAUUCGCUCGUUACAUGCGAGAUCCGCUCAAGAUGAUGAAGAACGCUAACUGACAAAAGGUCCAUCGAGAGUCUCGUUGAAUCGAGAUUUCGCCGUCAUUUACGUUCGUCUUGACACUCAACACAUCGAAGAAUCCAGAGUAGAGUUAGGCCUCUGGCUAUUGUCAGUGCUCACACCAUUUAAUGUAGUCGAUAGAUUCCAAGUGUUUCACGUGAGUCAACGAAUAAUAUUUAUACAUUAUCUUCUAUCUUAUCUUUAUUAUUUCUCCAAGCGAUGCAACGCAUCGCGUGUAGAUCUAUAAUUCUUUCUGUCAACUUCAUUUAACUCUCAUAAUAUUUAUUAUGUAAAUCGCUUAAUAUUUUCUAUACUAAUUGGUAUUCAUCAAUCAUAGUAGAAACUGUUUUUAAUUAUCUGCAUACGCAUUUGCGUAGAAUUGAUUCUAUCUUUCAAAGAUACUUGAUUUUUUUACUCUUCGGGAACAAUGAUGAAACUGUAUUAAGACAAAGUACUCUAGUAUGCUCGAGAGAGCAGAUGCCAGAUCGAGUAACCACGAUUCGCGCUACUUAUCGAACCUUUCGGUUCAUCGAUUCCACUAGGCGAAACCAACCGCGGAAACUCUUGUUACUUCUACUCACGAUUCCCCAAAGUCAUCAGAGACUGUGCCAUACGGGAUCGCGGAAUAAAUAUCUUCUCGUGAGUUUCGCGGCACGUACUCGUGCAUGAGGAGUGGGAAAACGCGGGCGGGAGAUCUUAAGUGAGCGUACCUCGUUAGCUGUCUGGGGCUUAAGAGAGGGUGGCGUUUAACUCCAAAAUCGAUACUUCGCUCGACGCCGACAUAGCGCCCCGAACGUAAAAUAAACAAAUAGCGUAAACUAUCGUCAUGCCGUAUCGCCCUGAUUGCAUAGAAGGAUGCGAAUUAUUUUAUAUAUAUAUAAAAGAUGUCGUAGAUUGUAGUUUCUUUUAUUUGGACGUAUUUUUUGACCAAUAUCGAUUAA